AUGCAAGAACCGUCACGAAUCAUGAGCCAAGAGACCGACGGGGAGGUUGCCGGCGUUGCCAACAGCCAUGACGACAAGGACCACGUCCAUGGCACUAUCGGACGCCGGGCCGAUGCCGAUUCGGAGGAAGAAGACAACGAAGAGCAUGGUGGUGGCCAGGAGCCAUUCUUUCAGUGCCUUGAUCAGGAGCAACAACCCCCCGACACUCUGCAUUUGCACGACGCCAGGGUCGAAUUUCCCUCCGACGACGACAGUGACGGUGACGAAGUCCGCUUCUCCUUCGCCACCGCCGACGGUGACCACCUCCUCGAGGAGCAGGCGGAGCUGGACCUGGACGUGGAAGAGGAGGAAGAGGACACGUCCAGGUAUGACUACGGCACGUGGAUGGCGCCGGAGCCCGUGUCCAUCCAGGAGCGCCGCCGCCGGCUGCUCCAGGGGAUGGGGCUCACCAGCAGCAAGGACCUCCUCCGGAGCCGGAACGCGAGGGCGAGGCUUCCGCCUGACAUCCCCCGCUACGUGCCCCGGCGAAAACAGCAGCCGCCCGCGGCCGUUGCCGAAGCGCCGAACACAACGAGCGCCGCGCCGGUGGUGGCCGCGGCCCUUCCCGAGAUCGCGGAACACCAGCGCAACGCCGUCCUGACCCGAUCAUGCUCCGAUAGCCGCCUCGCCAUCCUCGGAGGCGCCGCGAGGAAGCCGUCGUCAUUCUGCCGCGUGUGCUCGCUGCCGCACAGGCUGCAAGGCUCGCCGGUCCACAAGGCUCUCCGCGCGGCUGCCCUGUGUCCGUUACCAUCAGCGCCGUCAAAGGACGGAGGAACUGGCAAUGCCAUUGCUGGCGACACGGGCGGUGGCUUCAAGCACCCGGGCAACGGCAAGGAAAUCGUGGCGAACGGCCAGUUGAACGAUGCCCAGCGCAGUGCGCCGCUGAACAUCGACGAGCUCCAGCGGUUCAUCACCCACACGGCGUUCGUGACGCAGCCCGUGCGCCGCAGUCAGAGCCAGCCGGUGCCGGCGGCCGGGGCGGCCAAGGGCGACGAGAAACCAGUCGAGAAGAGGAGAACGCGGUGGCUCAGGAACAUCAAGCUCGUCGCGUCUGCCGCCGGGAUCAGAACCGACAAGGAGAAGCAGGACGGCAACGGCGGCGGCGGCGGCGGCAGCAGACCGGCACGGACGCCUUCGGUGACCAUGUCCAAGUCGGCGUCGGCCCACGCCGCCGUGUCGUCGGCCGCCACGGGGCCCGAGCGGCUCAAGGUGCACCACUACGGCAAGUCCAGCAGGGAGCUGACCGGGCUGUACAUGCGGCAGGAGGUGCGCGCGCACGAGGGCUCGAUAUGGAGCAUCAAGUUCAGCCCCGACGGCCGAUUCCUCGCCAGCGGCGGCGAGGACAGUGUGGUGCGCGUCUGGGAGGUCUUGAACGUGGACGCCUCCUCGUCCGCCGUGGCGCAGGAGCUCUCCACCUCCCUGCCUCCGCAGCCGCCGCCUGCAUCCACGGACGGCAGGUCGGCGGCGGCGGCGCCGGGGCUGGCGGCGCAGUUGUCCAGGAGAGUGAGGAGGGGGAGGAGCAGCAAGGACGUGCUCCCGGAGCACGUCGUCGUUCCGGAGUCCGUGUUCACGCUCGCCGAGCAGCCGUCGUGCGCCUUGGAAGGCCACCAAGACGACGUGCUCGACCUGUCGUGGUCCAAGUCCCAGCAGCUGCUGUCGUCGUCCAUGGACCACACGGUGCGGCUCUGGGACGUGGUCACCAAGACGUGCCUGAGGGUGUUCCCGCACAGUGACUACGUUACCUGCGUGCAGUUCAACCCGGUGGACGAUGGCUAUUUCAUCAGCGGCUCGCUGGACUGCAAGGUGCGCAUCUGGAGCGUGCCGGACCGGCAGGUCGUCGACUGGAGCGACCUCAACGACAUGGUCACCGCGGCGUGCUACACCCCGGACGGCCAAGCUGCGAUUAUUGGGUCGCACAAGGGGAGCUGCCGAUUCUACAGGACAACAGAUUGCAAGCUUAACCAAGAGGCACAAAUCGACAUGAGCAUAACAAAGAAACGCAGAUCGCAGGCCAAAAAGAUCACAGGAUUCCAUUUUGCGCCGGGGAACCCGUCAGAGAUCUUGGUGACAUCGGCGGACUCGCAGAUCCGGGUGUUCAACGGCAUCAGCGUCCUCCAGAAAUUCAAAGGCUUCAAGAACACCAGCAGCCAGAUCUCGGCGUCCUACACCGCCGACGGCCGCUACGUGGUGUGCGCCAGCGAGGACUCCAACGUCUACGUGUGGCGCCGUGUCCCCGGCAGCGUCAGCGGCGUUGGCGGCGGCGGAACGGGCGGCGGCGGCGGCGGCGCCAGCAUCAGCGUGAGGGCCAAGACGUGGCUCACCAGCCGCUCCUACGAGUACUUCUUCUGCCGGGACGUGUCCGUGGCCGUGCCGUGGCCCGGGUCGCCGCCGUCCUUCCCGCCGUGCGACGCGUCCCGGAACGGCAAGAGCGAUACGCCCAGGAAGCAGCAGAGCUCGUCGCGCCAUGACGACGUCGUGGGCGGCGCCGGCGGCUGCGUACCACGGGGGACCAAGUCCGGGCCGAUGGCGUACCACGGUGGGGGCGGGCAGCUGCUGCGGCCAGAGCUGUCCCGUCGUGAGUCGCAGUCCUCCGCGCGGUGGCACGGCGGCGCGGAGGGCGGCAAUGCGUGGGGGAUGGUGUUGGUGACCGCGAGCCGUGGCGGCGAGAUCCGUGUGUACCAGAACUUCGGGCUGCCUUUGGCCAACCUCUUCCACUGA